CUUCGUCUUCCUGACUUCGCCGUCGGACGGCCCGCGCUCCGCUCCGCGCCCACCAGAGAAUCACCGCCGCCGCCCGCGCGCCGUGCCCGAUGUCUGCUCCGGAGGAAUCCGACGGGACGGGCGCGGCCCGGCCGCACUAUGGCUCUGUCCUAGAUAACGAGAGGAUGACGGCGGAAGAGAUGGACGAGCGGAGGCGCCAGAACGUGGCCUACGAAUACCUUUGCCACCUGGAGGAGGCCAAGAGAUGGAUGGAAGCAUGUCUUAAUGAAGAACUGCCCCCCACAACAGAGCUAGAAGAAGGACUCAGGAAUGGGGUCUAUCUGGCUAAACUUGGAAACUUUUUCUCCCCCAAAGUGGUGUCUCUCAAAAAAAUUUAUGAUCGUGAGCAGACUAGAUACAAGGCCACGGGCCUCCACUUCCGUCAUACUGACAAUGUAAUUCAGUGGCUGAAUGCAAUGGCUGAAAUUGGCCUUCCUAAGAUUUUUUAUCCAGAGACAACAGACAUCUAUGAUCGGAAGAACAUGCCACGCUGCAUCUACUGUAUCCAUGCGCUCAGUCUGUACCUGUUCAAGUUGGGGCUGGCUCCACAGAUUCAGGAUCUGUAUGGCAAAGUGGACUUCACAGAGGAAGAAAUCAGUAACAUGAGGAGUGAAUUGGAGAAGUACGGAAUUCAGAUGCCCGCCUUUGGCAAGAUUGGGGGGAUUCUAGCUAAUGAGCUUUCUCUGGAUGAAGCAGCAUUGCACGCAGCCGUGAUCGCCAUUAAUGAAGCAAUCGACCAUCAGAUUCCUGCUGAAACCUUUUCGGCAAUGAGGAACCCCAAUGCCACGUUGGUGAACCUCAAUGAGCUCCUGGCACUGGGGUACCAGAGCACCCUCUAUCAAGCCAAGCAGGAUAAGGCCGGAAAUGCAAGGAAGAGGAUUGCCUCAGAGGAUACAGGAAGAGAGCGCGAUGUAUAUGAAGAGCUACUGACUCAAGCAGAGAUUCAGGGCAACAUCAACCAAGUUAAUACACGUUCAGCCUUAGCUAAGAUUGAUCUGGCUCUGGACCAAGGAGAUGCAGCUGCGUUGUGUGCAGCACUGUCAUCAGCGGCCCUGGGCCUCCGUGCGCUGUAUCCUGAGAACAGUGAUUGGUAUUUCAAGCAACUUCUUCGAGAGAAGCAACAGAAGCAAGAGGAUGGCAGAGAUGGGCCUCUACAAAAGGAGGAGUUGCAGGCUGGGGUCGAUCAUGCCAAUUCUUCAGCACAGCAAUACCAGCAAAAGCUGGCAGCGGUUGAAAGGAUCAACGUGGCCAUCCGUAAGGGCCUUUCUGAGAAAACUGUUGUGGAGCUGAUGAGUCCUGAGGCCCAACUGCCUCCAGUUUAUCCUUUUGCUGCUGAGUUGUACCAGAGAGAGCUGGCCACUCUGCAGCAGCAGAGCCCGGAUGGUAAACUCACCCACCCAGAGCUGUCGGUGGCUGUGGAAAUGCUCUCUUCAGUGGCACUAAUCAACCGAGCCCUGGACUCAGGGGACACGAGCAUGGUUUGGAAACAGCUGAGCAGUCCUGUGAUAGGUCUAACGAACGUUGAGGAUGAAAACUCCCAGAGAUACGUUGAUGAGUUGUUCAAGCUGAAGGCUCAGAUGCAGAGUGAGGGAACUGAAUUCCUUACAUGGAAUGACAUCCAGUCAUGUAUUGACCAUGUGAAUAUUGUGGUACAUGAAGAACAUGAGAGAAUUUUAGCAAUUGGACGCAUAAAUGAGGCUUUGGAUGAAGGAGAUUCUAGAAAGACGCUGCAGGCGUUGCAGAUUCCUGAAGCAAAACUGGAGGGAGUGACCCCCAAAGUAGCACAGCAUUAUCAAGAUGUGCUGCUCCGUGCAAAGAGGGAGAAAGCACAGGAAACUCAGGAUGAAACUGCCGUCCUGUGGUUGGAUGAAAUUCAGGGUGGAGUUCAUCAGUCAAACAGCGAUAUGGAGGAAGCACAAAGAUUUUCCCUAGGAAUUUUGGCCAUUAAUGAGGCAGUGGACCAGGGUGAUGUUGCAAAAAUGCUCAGCUUCCUGCGUUCGGCUGAUGUUGGACUGUAUGGGGUGACCCCAGAAUGUGCAGAGGCAUAUCAUCAGGAACUGGCAGCAAUAAAAAAAGUGAAGUUGGCUUCUGGAAACAACAACAGCGACUGGGUGAAGCACUGGGUAAAAGGAGGAUACCAUUAUUACCACAACCUACAAACCCAAGACGGAGUCUGGGAGGAGCCCCAGGGAUUUGUGCAGAAUAACACACAGCUCUCCCGGGAGGAUGUCCAGAGCACCAUCUCAGCAGUUACAGCAGCGUAUAACCGAGAGCAGCUCUGGCUGGCCAACGAGAGCCUGAUCACCAGGCUACAGGCUCGCUGCCGUGGCUACCUUGUUCGCCAGGAGUUCAGGGCCAGGAUGCAUUUCUUGAAGAAACAAGUGCCUGCCAUCACCUGCAUCCAGUCUCAGUGGCGUGGCUACAAGCAGCGGAAGGCGUAUCAAGAUCGUUUGAAGUAUCUGCAGACUCACACAGAAGAAGCCGUGAAGAUUCAAGCAAUGACUAGGAUGUAUCAGGCCCGAAAACGAUACAAAGAUCGGCUGCAAUUCUUCCGGGAUCACAUCAAUGACAUUGUGAAAAUCCAGGCCUUUAUCCGUGCCAAUAAAGCUCGUGACGACUACAAAACCCUAAUAAGUGCUGAAGAACCCCCCAUGGCUGUUGUCCGAAAGUUUGUUCACUUGCUGGAUCAAAGCGAUCAAGAUUUUCAAGAGGAACUAGACUUGAUGAAGUUGCGUGAGGAGGUUGUGACAUUGAUCCGCUCCAAUCAGCAACUGGAGAAUGACCUCAACCUUAUGGAUAUCAAAAUUGGAUUGCUGGUGAAAAAUAAAAUCACACUGCAGGAAGUUGUCUCUCACAGUAAGAAGCUCACUAAAAAGAACAAGGAACAGUUAUCUGACAUGAUGAUGCUGAACAAGCAAAGGGGAGGCUUGAAGGCUCUGAGCAAAGAGAAGAGAGAGAAGUUAGAAGCUUAUCAGCAUCUCUUCUAUUUGCUGCAGACAAACCCAACGUACCUGGCUAAACUGAUUUUCCAAAUGCCACAGAACAAAUCUACAAAGUUCAUGGACUCUGUGAUUUUCACACUCUACAACUACGCAUCCAACCAAAGAGAAGAAUACCUCCUGCUGCGCCUCUUUAAGACUGCACUGCAGGAGGAGAUCAAGUCAAAGGUGGAUCAACUACAUGAGAUUGUGACUGGAAACCCCACAGUAAUAAAGAUGGUGGUGAGCUUCAAUCGUGGUGCUCGUGGGCAAAAUGCCCUGAGACAGAUCCUGGCACCGGUUGUCAAGGAGAUCAUGGAGGACAAAUCCCUCAACAUCAAAACGGAUCCAGUGGAUAUAUACAAGUCGUGGGUCAACCAAAUGGAGUCCCAGACAGGGGAGGCCAGUAAACUGCCAUAUGAUGUUACGCCAGAACAGGCACUGACCCACGAAGAAGUAAAGACACGCCUGGACGCCUCCAUCAAGAACAUGCGAACCGUAACAGACAAAUUCUUGCUGGCCAUCAUCAGUUCCUUGGAAAAAAUCCCUUAUGGGAUGCGUUUCAUUGCCAAAGUCUUGAAGGAUUCACUGCAUGAGAAGUUCCCGGAUGCCAGCGAGGAUGAGCUUCUGAAGAUUGUGGGCAAUCUUCUGUACUAUCGCUACAUGAAUCCAGCCAUUGUGGCACCUGAUGCCUUUGAUAUAAUUGACCUGUCAGCUGGAGGACAGUUGACUACAGACCAACGGCGAAACCUUGGUUCCAUUGCAAAAAUGUUGCAGCAUGCAGCAUCCAAUAAGAUGUUCAUGGGGGACAAUGCACAUCUUGGCCUCAUUAAUGAGUUCCUGUCUCAGUCCUAUCAGAAAUUCAGGCGCUUUUUCCAGGCUGCUUGUGAGGUCCCAGAACUGCAAGAGAAGUUUAAUGUUGAUGAGUAUUCUGACUUAGUGACACUCACAAAACCAGUGAUUUAUAUUUCCAUUGGAGAAAUCAUCAAUACACACACACUGCUCCUGGAUCAUCAGGAUGCCAUUGCUCCAGAGCACAAUGAUCCUAUACAUGAGCUUCUGGAUGACCUGGGAGAAGUUUCUACCAUUGAAUCUCUGAUUGGAGAAGGAUGUGGCAACGUGAAUGAUCCCAGCAAGGAGAUGCUUGCCAAAACAGAGGUUUCUCUCACAUUGACAAACAAGUUUGAUGUUCCUGGUGGUGAGAAUGCUGAGAUGGAUGCCAAGACAAUCCUGCUGAACACAAAGCGUUUAAUUGUGGAUGUAAUCCGUUUCCAGCCAGGAGAAACAUUGACUGAGAUCCUUGAAAUUCCAGCUGCUGCUGAGCAGGAAGUUGAGCACCAAAGGGCCAUGCAGAGACGAGCUAUUCGGGAUGCUAAAACCCCUGACAAAAUGAAGAAAUCAAAAGCAGUCAAGGAAGACAAUAACUUGAGUCUUCAAGAGAAGAAGGACAAAAUUAAAUCAGGGCUGAAGAAGCUGACUGAACUGGGCAUGGUGAACCCAAAGAAUAGAUACCAGGAUUUGAUCAAUGACAUUGCAAAGGAUAUCCGGAAUCAACGGCGCUAUCGCCAGAGGAGAAAAGCGGAACUGGUGAAACUUCAACAGACCUUCAAUGCACUUAAUUCCAAGGCUACUUUUUAUGAGGAGCAAGUGGAUUACUAUAAGAGCUAUAUCAAAACUUGUUUGGAUAAUUUGGCCAGCAAGGGCAAGGUCUCAAAAAAGCCACGGGAGAUGAAAGGAAAAAAGAGCAAGAAGAUUUUUCUGAAAUAUACAGCAGCCCGACUCCAUGAAAAAGGAGUCUUGUUAGAGAUUGAAGAUCUGCAAGUUAGCCAGUUUAAAAAUGUGAUAUUUGAAAUUGGCCCAACAGAUGAAGUGGGAGAUUUUGAGGUAAAAGCCAAGUUCAUGGGGGUUCAGAUGGAGACAUUUAUGCUACAUUAUCAGGAUCUGUUGCAACUGCAGUACGAAGGUGUAGCUGUCAUGAAGUUAUUCGACCGAGCAAAAGUGAAUGUUAACCUGCUUAUUUUUCUUUUGAACAAGAAAUUCUAUGGGAAGUAAGUCCCAUUCCUGGAAAGCAUUUGGAAAGGGAGCUUUUCCUGUGGGCUCAUGGUAAAAUCCUGCAUAGGAUCUUUGUCCUCUGUAUGGAAUCUCCAGCUACUUGCAUCUCCUUCUGACAUUGCUACACAAGUUUCUUGCAUAUUGUUUCUUGAAUACUUGCUAAGUGGUCACAAUUAAUUAAACCAUUGUUAACGCC